ACUUCCGGCGCGCGCCCAAGAUGGCGGCGCCCUUACGGCGGGCGCUGCUGGCGCUGGGCCCGGCCCGGUCGCGGCUCCCGGAGCCGGUUCCGGUCCCGACGCGGCUCUACCGGGCGGAUCCGCUGCGGCGCCGCCCGGGCCCGGCCCCCGCCGACCCCGGAGACCUGCGGGCGGCCGCGCGGCGCUUCGGGCGGCUCGGGGAGGCCGCGGGGGUCCCGGUGUGGCGGCUCUGGCCCAGCCCGGAGCAGCUGCGGGAGGCGGAGGCGGAGGAGCGCGAGUGGGACCCGCCGCUCCGGGAGGUGGAGGCCGUGCUGGAUCAGCGGGAGCGGGAGGAGGAGCGGCGGAGGAAGGAGAGGGAGGAGCGGCAGGCCCGCAGCCUGGCGGCGAUGCCGGCGCGCGUGGCCGAGUGGCGCCGGGAGCGCGCGGCCGCGCGGGAGCGCCCGGCCCUGCUGAGGGCAACCACUGACCCCAGGGACCCCCAACCCAGGCACCCACUGACCCCAAGGACCCCCGCCCCGGGACCCCUGGCACAGCUGACCCCAGAACGGGACCCCCACCCAGGGACCCUCUGA